UAAAAAUGGAAAACCCUACCAAAAACCUAGCGCUUAACGAAAAGGAUACUUUAAAUCGGGAAAAAGAUAUCUACCAAAAUAUUAGAGAUCAUCUUACGAUAGAUCCCACUUUCUGGUGCAAGGGAAGAAACAAAAAUAGAUUGUUACAUAAAGUGCAAAGAGAUUUAGGAAAUUUAUAUACAUCCUUAAAGCUGUGUUCCCAUAAAUUCUCAAAGAAAGAAACAAUGUAUAUCUUAGGAAAAAUGAAGGGAAUAACUCUACAAAACUUGCUUGUAUUGAAUCACAGAUUUCUGGAAGAUAAAUAUCUCUGCUCUGUUACACCACUAUUACCAAAUGUAACAGUAGAGAUGCAAUUUGACUCAGUUAAGAUUUCACCUAAGGCUUUGCAAUUGAUUUUCACAAACAGUGUAAAUUCUAAAUACUUGAACUUUAUAACUUGUGCCUUAUCCCCCAUUACGAAAAACCCGAGCUUCAUGCACAAAACGAGUAUAAGCACUCUCCGUUUUACGCUAUGAGAAGGUGAUACAUCCAGGAAUAACUUUGAAUCGAAAGUGUUACCCUCUAUCAUGAAGUUAAUAUCUUGCUCUUGUAUUCAAGAGUCUCUGGAGAAGAUAGAAAUGAGGCAGGAUAUCAAAGAGUGGGAUCUGAGAGAUAUGAAGGAAAGAUAUUCUCUUGAGCAUGUAGAGUUCAUCAAUUUUAACGAUUAUUAUGCCCAAGCAUAUUAUGCUUAGAAGGAGAGUGAUUGUUGUGAGUUGAGAAUCACAAAUUUUACAAAUUCUAAAAUAACUUUUGGAUCACAGAUAUGUAUUCUAAAACAUUUUUGAGUGAUUAGAAACGAAUUAUGAACCAUGCCUUUGCUUCAAUAAUGAGGUUUUAUUAUGUUUGAAUGGCCUAUGAAGAAUUAAUAAAAGACCUUAUGAAGUGCUUUAUAAUUAAUUAGUAUUGAUAUUUCUAGAGAAAUAUAAUUUUAUAAUGAA